UGCACCGGGCUAGGGAGGUGGGGCUGGACUACACACCCCAGCAUGCACCGGGCUGGGGGCGGGGCCGGACUACAGAUCCCAGCGGCCCUUGCAGCAGCUCCUGUGACUCCGUGGCUGCAGAAGCGCAAAGAGGGAACCUGGGUCGCUGCUUGGGGGCCCCUCCCCGCCCAUUAUGGAGGAGGUCGACAAGAUCCUCAUCCACUCACUCCGCCUCUCCGGAACGCAGGUCCCCGAGGAGGUGCAGAGCCUGCAGGAGUUCACCACGGAGCUGAUCGUGGAGUCGGUAGUGCGAUGCCUCCGCGUCAUUCACCCGUCGCUGGGCGCCAGCCUUGGCCACGUGCUGCCCCCCGGCAUGUCGGCCCGGUUCCGCGUCGGCACCAGCCUGGCCCAGGCCUGCCAGGAGCUGGGCUACCAGGGUGACGUCGGGUACCAGACUUUCCUGUACAGCAGCGAGCCCGAGAUCCGGCGCCUCCUGCUGUUCCUGGUGGAGAAGCUGCCCAGGGACGACGCUGAGGAUGCCAGGCAGCCGGCCGGGAAAUCGGCCGGGCUACUCCGCGCCAUCGCCGCGACGAUCAAGGAGCAGCUGGGGACGCCCUGGGUGCCCCCCGCCUGCCGCACCCCCCGGCUACAGCGGCUGCAGGGCACCUCUCUGCUGAAACCGUUUCACGCCCACCCCUUGGUCCUGCCCCGUGAUUUGGGGCCGGUUGAGCGCCGGGAGUUUUUCGGGGGGUUCCUGCCCCCGGUGCCGGCCCAGCCCCCCCAGCCGGGCGCCGUGGCCCCCUCCCUGCUGGAGCGACACGCGGGCGACCUGGGGGCGCAGCACGACUGGGAGGCCGACUGGCAGAGCCAGGGGCUGGCGUCUCGCCUGCCCCCCAAGGAGUACGUGCAGUGGAAGCGUCAGCGGCUCCAGCGCCGGUUGCUGGACCAGCUGCGUCAGGCCGCCCCCCCCCAUGGCGCCGCCGGCCCCCCCCAGCCAGGGGCGCCCGACCUGGCCCAGCUGCUGGGCAUGGGGGGCACCGGGGGGCCCCUCGCCAAGGGUCCCGCUUCAGCCACGCCCAGCGCCUGGCGCACGAACAGGUACCGGGGGAGUUGGGGGGCUGUGGGGCAUGGGGAGGAGCUGGGGGGCUCAGAACUCGGGGACCCUCAGGAACUUGUGGGGCAGAUGCAGGCGGCGGUGGAAACUCUCCCGUCUUCCAAGACCUCGGAGCAGGAGGUGCAGGCGCGGCAGGAGGAGGAGCUGGCCAACCUGCGGGGGGAGCUGCAGCGCCUGGAGGCCGAGAUGGACGCCGUGAGGGGGGAGGUGAAGGUCCUGGAGCUGAGCCUCAGCCAGGCGGAGGCGGGGCUGCGGCAGCAGCGGCUGGCUCUGGGGGGGCGCAAACAGACCCUGCAGGUGAAGAGCCGGGCCCUGGAGCUGCUCCCCCAGGCUGAGAACAACCUGGCCAAGCUGCAGCUGCUGGUGGAGAGCAGCGCCCAGCGCCUGGUGCACCUGGCCGCGCAGUGGGAGACGCGCCGGGGGCCGCUCGUGGAUCAGUAUCGUCACCUCCGGGCCGCCCGCCAUUCCCGCCAGCUGGAGUCGACCCGGCGCGUCUCGGAGAUCCAGGCCCUGCACGAGCGAGGCCGAAGCGCGGCUGCCGAGGCCCGGCGCAAGGAGGAUCUGUGCCGGCAGCUGCUGACGGAGCUGGAGUCGCUCCCCAAGGACGUGUCGCGGGCGGCCUACACGCAGCGCAUCCUGGAGAUCGUGGGCAACAUCCGCAAGCAGAAAGAGGAGAUCACCAAGAUCCUGUCGCACACCCGGGCCCUGCAGAAGGAGAUCAACGGGCUGACCGGGAAGCUGGACCGGACCUUCGCCGUCACCGACGAGCUGGUCUUCAAGGGCAGGGGCCGCUUCGAGCUGCUUCCCGGCAGCGGGGGCGGGGCCGGGGCCAGGUUCCGAGAAUCGGGGUGA